CGAACAUUUGCGAUACACACGAAUUCGCAUCCAUAACAUGUAUAAAGUGCGACUAAUCGAUGCAUUAAUUCUAAAUUAACAUCAAUAUUACUAUACAUCAGUAGAUAUAAUAGAUUCUUUUUAUUUUCGACAGUUCAUUUUCAUCAUAUAAUUCAGUAUUUUAUUAUUCCAGAGGAUUCGCUCAGGUUCUCCCCAGAUAAAUUUUUCGACAUAAAGCAUCGCGUCUAACACACUUGUUCAUUCUAUCAAGCACUUCUAACGUCAAAGGAUACCAUAACAGUUUAUACAUCAUCGCACAAAUAAUUAUGGAUACGCCGAUAAAUUCAUUAAAGAUUAUCAUCUUACUGACACUAACGAUGACCUGCAUUCUUGGCGCACCAGCUAAUGAUAAAUCAGUUGAACAAGAUAACGAAAGCAAUAGUAAAAUCUUAAACGAAGUUGGUCCAUCACAAGAAGACUGGAAACUUUAUGAACAAUUGAGCAAAGCUAAAGCUUUUGAUCCUUCUAACGACUCAGGUAAUAUCAAGAAACUCUUUAAGGAAAUCGAGGAAUUCUCGCAACUAGCGCAAACAACUUCUUUACCAAAUGAUAACAAUGACAGCACAAGAGGAAAUUUCGAUGACAAAAUAGUACAAAAAGAUUCCGAGUCCGCUUCUUCAGACUGGUUCAAUUCCUUAUGGAAAGAAAUUACAGCCCGAUCAAGUAACGAUGACGACGAUAGUGAUAGAACCCAACCCAACACUACCACCACUGAGACGCCAAUUGACGUCUUAUCGUCACAAGUAGAUCAACAGCAAAAUGAAGACAACGGUCCUGUUGAAGAUAUCGUAAAAAAUUUGUCUGAUGACCUAAAAAAAUUUUACAAUAAAAUCAAACAAAUUAUCAAGGUGGUGAAAAACUGGGUCGAACAACGCAAGGACGGGGAUUAUGUUAGUGAAAUGACUGGCAGCGCAACCGAACAAGAUGGUGUUUUUGUAAUUGCUGACCCAAUAAUUGGUGACAAUGAUAAAUCCAACAAAUAUGUAUUGCCAAUCAAUGCACAAUAAAAUGCAUAUUUAACUUAAAAAAUUAAAUGUUCCAAGUAUAACUUAUUUGCACUAUAAUUAAUGUAUCUAUCAUUACUUCAAUUACUUUAUCAAUUUUUAUGUUUCAUGAAAUUAAGUUCCUGAAGUCUUGUUAAUGUACAAUAGAAAAUGUUCACCAAAAAAGGAAAUCAGUAUUAACCUUGCAGUUAUAUAUUCUAGUUAUUAAUUAUGUAUAGUUAUAAAAAUAAAUUAUGAUUUUAUUAUAAAA